GACAAUGACACGCCACGGAAUAUGCUCAAGAGAAUCAUCCAGACCCAACCGCAAGUUUCACCUCUAGCACCUCACGUAUCUAAACAUGAAGAAGCGGAAGAAGCUCAAUCAGAACUCCCAUCUAAGAGGAUUUCCAACACGGUGGAAAUGCAGCUGCCAGACCUUGGUCCUGAGGAGACAUCAAUCACCACGUUCCACAUGACUAAGAAAAGGAAGAAAUUCAGCAUUUCUGAGUUUGAGAGAGCAGCUGACAGACGACUUCACCAGAACCAAGCUCAGUCAACGUUGGACAGCACUGCUUUGGCUCGAUCUCUUCGCAUGUCUCUCGGUUCCUUGUUCCCACCAGACACCGUUGAAAAGAGAGGCUUGCUCCGGAAGCCGAAAAAUCGCAAAGCUGUUGAUAUUGAAGCUUUCGAAGGCGGAGUGGAACAGAACAUGCUGAAGAGAAAAGCGCAGAACUAUCUUGUGGAUUCGCAAACAGCAUCUGGGAUUCAAACAGCCAUGCUGGCGAGCGACGCGGAAAUCGUGCUGAGUAACACGGAGCUCUUUGCUCAGCCUCACUUUGAUGAACAGAGUGAAAAUAAGCUGCCUGCUCCUGAACCGCCGCUAUUGGAUUCAGACACUUCGCCACAGGGAAGCAAGACUUCUGACGCAGCUCAGCUGGUGGGCCUGGUAUCCAGUGCAGGCAUGAAUGAUGAGGGAGGGACCCAAAGAUACUCUGAGGACUUAAUCCUUGACGGUGAGCGUGUUGAUGUGACUCAUUUAUCUCCAAAAACACCUGCAAACCAGCGAGAAAAUAAGAAAGAUCAUUCCCAGCGGCAUAACCUGGUGGAACAGCUUCCUCUUUCAGAAGAGGCGGUGGUUGGCACUGUUAAUAGAUGGAGCUCCUCUGUGGCGUCUGCAAGUUCGAGUAAAUAUUUGGCAUCCCCAGUCGCUCUAAAGUCUAAGAGAUCUUUCAGCGUGUCUUUGCGAGAAAUCGUGUCCCAUAUAAUUGAAGACCUCAGAGUAAGCGAUGCAGAAGAAGAGGUGGCUCAUGCAGUGACCGAAGUGGAUCAGAAAGAGAUUUUCAGAGAGGAAUUUCCUAUUCUGGCUGCAGAGCAUCGUGUGAGUGCUAGAUAUUCUGAACAUUUGGAGAAGAAACGGACCGAACCAGCAGAAUCAGAGAUAAGUGGGGCACAAGGUGCUGGAGUCGGACCAGAAAUGACUUCUUCAGAAGAAAAGGGAAUAGCAGAAGGUGGUGUUGAACACCAAGGCUCUCCUGAAGCUGAACGCGAAGGCGCCAGAGGAGCCAGAGCUGGAAGUCUGGGCAGACGUUCUGUUGCUCUUUCCACCACUGAAAAAUCUGGGAUGAAGCCACUAAUGGAAGUCGUGGAACAAGCAGAUGAACUAGAAGACCAGGCUAUCAUGGUAGAAUUGGAUGGUCCAGAGGAGCUUACUGAGGAUGAGGCUGAAGACGCUGAGAGCGAAGAGAAUUCCAGGAAGCCCCCCCCUUUUGCCCGUGCUGCAGCCCCCAAGCCGCUGCAGCCAACUCCGCGUUCUGCAAAACCUGCUGCUACCAAGUUGACAACUCCACAUUCUGCAAAACCUGCUGCCUCCAGGUCUCCCCUGCGGCCACCGCAGGCAAAGGUGGUUCCAAAGAGCUCGAGAGCACCGCGGAAGAAGACUUCUGAGCCUGAAAUAGCAAGCAGUUUGAUAAAGAAGAUAUUCAGCCAUUAUGCAAAGACGCCAGUGUCCAGAGAUGCGUUCAGAAUUGUUGCAAAAUGCUCCGAGAGAUACUUCAAGCAGCUGAGCAGUGAUCUGGAAGCUUACACCAACCAUGCGGGGAGGAAGACAGUGGAGAUGGCUGACCUGGAAAUCCUCAUGAGAAGGCAAAGGUUGGUGACAGACAAGAUGCCGCUGCACGUGCUGAUAGAGCGUUACCUCCCGCUGGAGUACAGGAAGCUCCUGAUUCCAGUCGCUGUGAGUGGAAACAAAGUGAUCCCCUGCAAAUGA